AUGCAAAAAGAUGGCAAUUGGUCACUAUUUAUUUUAUUAUUAAUGUUAUUUGAUACGGCCAAUGGAUUAUAUAGCAAUCAGCCACGAUUUCGGUCUGACAAUGGCCAUUUAUACAUUGAAAGUGCUACAGACCACAAUAUUUCAUUGAAUACUAAAGGACAAGGAUAUAUAAAUGUGAACAAUGAAAAUUUACUUCAAGUUAUCGGAAUGGCUAAAGAAGCUUGGGAUGUAGUAGAGUCGUUUCGGUUAAAUGAUUUACCUACAUUUAUGGAUUCGGUAAAAAAUGUAGUACCAAUGAUCGACGGUCCAAAGGGUUUAACCAGUCGGAUCACUGCGCUGGAAAUGCAAAUUUUAAAUGGGACAUCGUUAACAUUUCCUACUAAUAAGAGGAAAGAUACUUCGAAUGGAGAAAGACUUUCUUAUAGACUUACUAAUUUAGAAAAAAAAGUCUCCGCUCUCGUAAAUCUUUUAGCGAUAAGUGAAUGCUUGAGUAACCCUUGUCAGAACGGUGGAUCGUGUAUAGAUUUGUACAAUGGAUUUCAAUGUAAUUGUCCACACAAUUGGCAGGGUAGACUGUGUGAACUAGACGUAGAUGAAUGUAUACGUUUCCUUCACACGGACUUAGGGUGUCAAAACGGAGCGGAAUGCAAGAACACGCCGGGAAGUUACGAGUGCGUAUGUGCGGCAAACUGGUUCGGUUUGCACUGUACGAAAAGGAAGAACGAUUGCAACGGUGCAAUGUCGACGGAGCUCUGCGGCAACGGCGUGUGCAUCAAUCAACCGUCGACGGUUGGUUACACGUGCAUUUGCAAUCAGGGUUGGACUACUAUGGACGGUGGACAAAGUCCGGCUUGCACGAAAGACGUGGACGAAUGCAAGGAAAACAAGCACACGUGCUCCUCAAACCCACCAGUCGAGUGCAGGAACACCAGAGGGUCGUUUACUUGUGGAAACUGUCCCACAGGUUACGAGGGAGAUGGUUUCGUGUGCACAGACAUCAACGAGUGUUUAGUAAAUAACGGCGGCUGCAGUUUAAAUCCCAGAGUUCAAUGCGUUAACAAUAGAGGUUCGUUCAAAUGUAAACCGUGUCCAGCCGGCUAUAGGGGUGAUGGGUUUAACUGUGUCUAUAUUUCCGGAGGAGUCUGUGCGAUAGACAACGGAGGGUGUCAUCCAAAUGCUGAUUGCACUGUUUAUGCUGAAACAACAAUUCAGUGUACAUGUCGGCAGGGGUAUACAGGUAAUGGUGUUGGAAUUAACGGUUGCGUUAAAAUCAAUAAAGCAGCAAUAGACCCUUGCACAAAUAAUCCGUGUGGUUCUCACGGCGAAUGCAUUCAGAAUGCAAACAAUAGUUUUUCGUGUCUCUGUGACACUGGGUAUACAGGACAAACGUGUAGUAUUCACGCAGAAAAUCCAUGCUUAGCAAAUCCGUGCCAAAACAACGGACAAUGUGUCCCCGAACUAGAGCCCGGUGAUUAUACUUGUGUCUGUACUAGUGGAUAUUUUGGACUGUAUUGUGAAUCAUUUGUAGAAAGUUGUGGUGGUUAUUUUGACUCCUUAAACGGAACACUGAAGUUCCCGCAGUCAAAUACAUCAUUGACGUAUCAGAGUAACAUGAAUUGUGCGUGGACGAUUGAUGUAAAUUCGUCCCGUGUUGUAAACAUAUCCUUUGUUUGGAUUGAUAUUGAAAAAACGAUUACUUGUUCAUUCGACUACGUCGAGAUUAUAAAUGGUGAUGAUGAGGACGGAAAGGUGUUGGGUAAAUUUUGCGGAAAUUCUUUACCUUUAAACAAUAGCAUAAUUUCGGAUUCGUAUACAGUUACUGUACGUUUUCGAUCUGAUGGAUCCAAAAAUUUUCGAGGUUUCCAGUUAAACUACACAGCAAUACAACCAGACUGUGGUGGUGAAUUAAAUAUCGAUUCACACGGAACAUUAUCUUCUCCUGGUUCUCCAGGAAAAUAUCCACCUAAUCGUGACUGUUAUUGGACAUUAAAUGCUAGUCCCGGAAAAAGAAUUCAAUUAAAUUUCUUUUCAUUAAGAUUUGAGCGGCAUAUAAAUUGUAGUUAUGAUUACUUAGAGAUUAGAGAUGGUUUUACUCAGCACAGUCCAGUGUUGGCGAAAUUAUGCAACACCUCUUCUAAUGGUUUACCACCCCCUAUAUUGACUUCAGGUCCACAUGCAAGUUUGCACUUCCAUUCCGAUGCUUCUGGCCAAGACUACGGGUUUCAAAUGACGUACGGCGUAAUUGAAGGUGUACCAGGAUGUGGGGGUAUUUAUACAAGCCCGUCUGGAAUAAUAACAUCUCCAGUAGAUUUAACAAGUGAUACUAAUAAUUAUUUGGACAAUUUAAAUUGUGAGUGGCAUAUAAGAAUGCCUUUGAGACAGAAACUAAAACUUGCAUUCGUGAAGAAGUUUGGUAUUGAACGAACAACAAAUUGUUCAACAGAUUUUUUGGAAAUUUACGAUGGAUCUAAUAUUAAAUCACCAUUGAUUGGUCGUUAUUGUGGUACAACAAGGUUUGAUCAACCAAUUAUCACAAACAGCAAUGAAGUCACCAUUGUUUUUAAGUCUGAUUUUGCAUAUACGGCUGAAGGAUUUACAAUCAAAUAUGAAACAUUGUGUGGUGGAACAUUUACAGACAGUAAAGGUAUUAUUGAAUCGCCGUUCUAUCCUAAUCCUUAUCCAAAAAAUAAAAUAUGUGAGUAUCUUAUCGCACAACCAGUUGGAAAAGCAAUUAAAUUAUCGUUUUUGGAUAUGGAGAUUGAAGAUUUAUCUUAUCCACAAUGCCUUUAUGAUUCAUUAGAGAUCAGGGAUGGAGACAACGAGAAUUCAACUAAAAUCGCACUGUUAUGUGGAAAUAUUGAAAAACUUCCUAAACUUCCUUACAUAUCAACACAUAAUUAUAUGUGGUUAAAAUUUUCUACCGAUCAUUCUAAUUCUAAUAAAGGAUUUCGAGCUAACUACUCGACCAUUGAUAUAGCAUGUGGUGGUAUUUUGAAGGAACCAUCUGGUAUUAUACAAUCGUCGAAACAUUCAGAGCAAUAUUUACACAAUCAAAUGUGUAAAUGGAUUAUAUCUGUGAAUGAAUCUAGUCAAAUACAAAUAACCUGGUUAACAUUUUCCUUAGAAACCCAACACUCUUGUAAUAAUGAUUAUGUUGAAAUUUACGACAAUAGUAUUUCGGGAAAUUCAUCAAAAAUUGCUAGAUAUUGUGGAACUAAGGUCCCCCCUGUACUGACUUCGUUGGGUAACCGACUAACAAUCAUUUUUAAAACUGAUCAUUCUGUGGCAUCAGACGGAUUUAUGCUUAAUUACAUUUCACUUAAUAAGGCACAAGCAUGCGGUGGAAACUUCUUCAUACCAGAAGGUUUUAUUAAAUCGCCAAAUUUCCCAAAUGAUUAUCCCAAACUAAAAGAUUGUACAUGGGUUAUAAAUGUACCAGUAACUAAUCAGAUUGAAUUAAACGUUACUCAUUUUCUGCUCGAGGAAAGUUUAGACUGUCGUUUUGAUUACGUUGAAAUUCGAAAUGGAGGAUUUCCUACAUCGCCUUUGAUUGGUAAAUAUUGUGGAUCUAAAAUUCUUCCUAUCAUAUCUUCAAUUGGAAAUACACUUUUUGUAAGAUUUGUGUCUGAUGGAUCUAGAGGACGUAAAGGUUUUUUCAUGCAAUGGUAUACAACUGCCAGAGGUUGUGGUGGAAUAUUGAAUUCUGGUGUUGGACAUAUCGUAUCACCUAAUUAUCCAUUACCUAUACAGGAGCCAUUAGAAUGCUAUUACAAGAUAGCUGUGGCACAAGGAAGUCAAAUCAAACUCACUAUAUUAGAUAUUGAGUUAAUAACUGACCAUUUUCCUGGAGGGCAGUGUAAAGAUAAUUUCCUUGAAUUUUAUGAUGGGGGUAAUAGUGCAAGUAAAAUGUUGGGAACAUUUUGUUCAGAUACUCAAUCAUCUACAUCUGUGCAUUCAUCUUCAAACCAGAUGUACAUUAAAUUUAGAAAUAGUGGUUUUUCCAAGGGGAGAGGCUUCUCUUUAAAAUAUGCUACAGACUGUAAUGUAACUAUAAAAGGAUAUCAAGGUGCAAUUGAAAUGGCUCAUCAAGAAAAUCUAAGAACUGAUAAAUGUGAAUGGACAAUCGUUGCACCAAAAGGUAGUAAAGUUAAUAUGACAUUUACUUCAUUAAAGUUGUUGCAUAAGCGUCAAUCAUCUUUGUUGAAAAGUUUGGUAGUUAAUAGUAAACGUAACAACUCUCAAUUAACUCAAUUAACUAUAUCGGAAGGUGCAAAUAUUAAUGAAAUAAAUACAGAUUUGUGGGUUCAUAGUUCUUUGGAAUAUAAUCAAUCUAUAAUUGCUUCAACUAAAAAUAUAGUUAAAGUUAGUUAUAACGUUCGAAGCAGAUCAUCAUUUAUGGAGAGAAUUGAUAGUUUCCGUUUGGAAUGGAUAGUAGAUGGUUGCGGGGGAACGUUGGAUCAACCAGAAGGUGAAUUUACAUCACCCGGAUAUCCUGGAUUUUAUCCUCCCAGUACAACUUGUGAAUGGAAUAUUGUCGCUGAUUAUGGAUAUAUCAUAGAGAUAACUAUAGUAGAUUUUUGGUUUGAAAUUUCAAAAUCUUGCGCACUCGAUGCAUUAGCUAUUUACAGCGGAGACGAUGAUUCUGGUCCAGAAUUGUUACGAAUAUGUCAUCAGCAAACCAGUCCAAUCAUUGUAACAUCUGGUGGAAAUGAAGCUUUUGUAAAGUUUGAUUCUAGUGCAGAGUCUCAGAGGAAAGGAUUUAGAGCUACUUACAAAACAUUUCUAUCGAAAUGUGGUGGAAGGUUUACUGCUCCUCAAGGAGUUAUCCAUACCAGUAAUUAUCCCAAAAAUUAUGAUUCCAACAGUUCUUGCAUGUGGUAUAUUGAAAUAGCAGAAACUCAUUUAGUUAACCUUACAUUCGUUGACUUCAGUACUCGGAGUUUUCCAACAAAAAACAGAGAUAAAGUUUUAGUUUAUGACGGCGAUAUCCAUGGAAAACUACUCCUUAACCACUCUGGAAAUAGCAUACCACCACCGGUCAUAUCUUCAUCUAAUAAACUCAUGGUAUCCUUUGAAGUAGGCAAUCAUGACUUACGAGCGAAAGGGUUUAAAGCAAUAUAUUCGACGGCUUGUGGUGCAAAAUUAAUAACAAAUACUUCGGGGAUUAUCACAAAUAACCCAUCCUUAACGAACAGUUUAAACGAGAACUGUACUUGGACUAUUAUAUCUGAUACCCUUCAGUCAAAAGUCACAUUAAUUUUUACGCGUAUUGAUAUAGUACAUCCUUUAGAAAAUAGUAUGGUGGGGACCACUAAUAAUACUAAUAAGCAGUGUUCUGGUGAUUUAUUCCACACAAUAUUUCGAAUUUUGGAUGGCCCAGAAUCUGAUGCACCUGAAAUAUUAAAGUUUUGUAAAUCAAAUCCAAUACCACCACCGAUUAUCAGUAAUGGACCGGCUAUGCGUAUAGAGUUCACAGAUAACUCUGGUGCGUUGGAUUCAUUUACAGCUCUGUAUUCUGUAAGAUCAGUAGCAUGUGGUGGAACCUAUGACUCGAUAAGAGGAACGAUUUCUUCCCCCAACUAUCCAAAUAAUUAUUUUAGAGAUUCAGAAUGUGUUUGGAUAUUAAAGUCCUCCGUUGGAAAUCUCGUGUCUUUGAAUUUCAUUGCUUUUGAAUUAGAAGAAGACGAGUUUUGUAAUGAAGAUUAUGUAGAAGUUAGAGAAGGAGAUUCUAUCGGUCCAGUCUUAGGUAUAUUUUGUGGAACAAACUUUCCAUCAAAUGUUACUUCAAGUUCAACACUUUGGGUCAAAUUUCGUUCUAAUUCUGAUGGCUCAGCUAAAGGAUUUACUGCAGAUUUUAAAUAUGCAUCUGAAAUUGAGUUGACAAAACAAUCUGGAGAAAUCUCUAGUCCAAUGUAUCCGAAACCAUACAGAGAUAGUGAAGAUUAUUCAUGGAAAAUAACUGUAGACCGAAAACAACAAGUUCAAAUUGUAAUAAAAGAGUUUAUGACUACCUCAAAAAUUCAUAGUUUAAAAAUAUAUGACGGAAGUAAUGUUAAUUCAUUAGUUUUGUAUGAACUAAGCUAUACAAAUUUUAAUACAGUAUUUAAUGAAACUAUAAUGUCAACCGACAAUACUGUGUACAUAAAAUUGACAGCUGGUAGUAGACAGGUUGGAGGUAUACACUUUUUACUGUCAUGGACAAAUGUGGAUGCGCAAUUUUCUAAAAAACCAUUCUUCGUGUAUGAUGUUAAAUAUAACAAAUCGAGUUAUGAUUAUUUUUUAUCACCAAGUACCAAUACAAGUGUGAUAAUUACAAGUCCUGGUUAUCCUUACGGAUACGAACAUAAUCUGAAUGUAACUUGGACAAUUCAUUCGGAACCACACUACCAUAUAGAAAUUAAUAUUCUGGACGUAGAUUUGUACCCUAUUCAUUCAUCUUCGGAUGUUUAUUAUAAAGAUUACUUUAAUAUAGAAACAGUUGAUUCUGAUACCGGAAAUACUAUAUUUUUGAAGAAAGUGUAUAAAAACACAAAUCAAAUUAAUGAUAAAAAAAUAGUCGGUAAGAAUAAAGUUAUAAUAACUUUCAUUUCAAACAAGUCAUUGAAUGGUACGGGAUUUAAAGUUAAAGCAAAAUUAAAAUGUGGAGGCGAAUUACGCGGACCAACAGGAGUAAUUAAUUUAUCUAAUUUUACUAGUCAACUCUUAGACUCACCGCACUCGUAUUCACUUCAUUGCUCUUGGAAUGUUACUGUACGUCCAGGAAGAACUAUUUCAGUUAAAUUUAUUAACUUGCAAUUGCUUUCAUGUGCAGACAAUUAUGUUUUGUUAAAAAAUGGUUUUUAUGAAGAUUCACCUCUCCUUGGCCAAGGUAAAUACUGUAACACCACUAAUAUAGAAACAUUGUCCACGACUGAUAAUAAAUUACAAGUUGGAGUCAGUAUAACAGUACAGGAUAUCGUCAAAAUAGCGUUUGAAGAAAAAUCAGUAAACUGUGGAGGACAAAUUUAUUUGAAUGAUGUAUACAACAUCACCCAAAUAACAUCUCCUUCAUAUCCAAAUAUACCUCCAGCACACACAGAAUGUAUUUGGACGGUAGUAGCAAUUGCUGGAGAACAAAUAUCUGUAACCAUAGAAGACUUAGUUUUGGGUGAAACGUGUGAAAAGGAAUAUAUCGAAUUUAGAGAUGGUGCCGCUCGAUUUUCAAAAUUGAUAAAGCAUAUUUGUGGGAGUAAUCCAGUUCAAGAUAUUGAAACAACAGAUAACUUUUUGUACAUAAAGUAUUUCACGGAUUUAAGUGUACCAAACAAUGGUUUUAAAUUGAAUGUUACUAUAGCGAAAUGUGGUGGUAUUCGACGAUCGCUCCAAGGUGCAAUAUCGUCACCGAAGUAUCCUGGUUCAUACGAGUCGAACAUGGAUUGCGAAUACCGAAUUAUCGUCGACUUCAGACGCCGUAUCAUAUUAAAUUUCGAUGUUGUGAGCUUGAAACGGCGGUAUCCCAGCAUUGGAGUAUUACCGGAUGUUUGGCACAACAACGAUACAUACGAUGACACGCUGUCUGUAUACGACGUAGACCCAUUCAACAAUACCAGGGUAUUGUUAGUAACGAUUUUUGGUUCCAAUAUACCACCAAACCCCAUCAAAUCAUCCGGUCAAGAAUUGGUAAUUAAAUUCAAAUCACACUUUAGAAAUGGGCCUUUUUAUUCUAAAAAUACUGAUGCAAAGUUUUUAUUGACUUAUGAUACUGAGUACAAUAGUUGCAGUCAAAUUUACAAUGUUGAGAGUGGUGAAAUAAGGAGUCCUCAGUAUUCCAGUUUGAAUAGUAGACGUAUAUACUGUUCAUAUAAAAUAACCGUACCGAGAGGACGUAUGAUUACUGUUGAAAUUAUCAAAGGGAAAUCGAUCGCUCAAACUUGUGAUAGUUAUUUAUUAGUAGAAAAUGCCUCAAAAGAAGAAUUGGUGGCUUUCCAAGGUGCCGAUACCUUUGGUAUCUCAACGUGCGUUGAUCCUGUUAUUAAUCCUUCAUCAAUGAACUAUGUUUAUGAAUCAACAUCGAAUGAAAUGGAACUUCACUAUGUUUAUAUAAGUGGUAGUCAAACUGGGUUUCAACUGAAAUUCUCGUCGAACAAACCUUCCAUUUGUGGAGGAGUAAUAGAUGCUAGUAUCAAUGGUAAAAUUGAAUUACCCAUUAGAAAUAUAACCAGCUUUAAUUGUCAAUGGGACUUGACUAACACGAAUGGAUCUAUUGUAAUAGAAGCAGAUUUCAAAAUUAACCAAACUAAAAAUAACUGUCCUUAUGAUUUUAUUUUAUUAGCUACCAAUGAGGAUGAAAAUAUAUUGUUGAAAAGGUACUGUCCAAAAUCAAAUAAGAACGAGAAAUUUAUUAUUAUAAGUCCAUUACCAAUGACUAAACUUUUGUUAAACGCAGAAAAAAAAUCAGUCAAUUUUACAGCAAGUCUUAACUAUUAUAUUAAUAUGUGUGGUGGAGUACUACGUGGGCAGACAAUUACCAUUACAAGUCCAAAUUAUCCUAAUAACUAUAAGGAAAAUACAAACUGCGCUUGGUCAGUAGUACUUCCUGAGGGUGAAAAUGUUAAUAUACGUUUCAAUGAUAUCGACCUUGAUUCAAUGUGCGAUAACAAUCAUGUGACAAUACACGAUGGACCUAGUCCUGAAAGUCCUGUAUUGGGUAAAUACUGUGGUAACAUUUUGCCACAGAAUUUAGUAGCUACUUCAAAUGAGCUAUGGAUAGUAUUUUCAUCUGAGACUGGAAAGAAUAACAGCAGAGGCUUCAAUUUAACUUUGGAAUCCACACAGAGUGGAUGCGGAAAUACUUAUAUAAACGAAAAAGGUAGGAUAUAUACCAAAAACUAUCCAAACUUAUAUCCGAACAAUGAAGACUGUGAGUGGACAAUAGGAGUAUUACCAGGCAACAAGGUCAGCUUUCAAUUUGUUGAACGAUUUAAUCUGGAACAAAGUGUUAACUGUACUAAAGAUUAUGUACAGGUUUUCGAUUUCGUCAAUGACAACUGGGAGCCACUAGGAAACCGAUUGUGUGGUCGUCAAAUUCCUCCUACAUUCAAAUCGUCUGAAACAAAGCUUAAAGUUCGUAUAAGAACUGAUGGUGAUAUACAAGGUGAAGGUUUUAAGGCCGAGUGGAAGAGCAUUUGUGAUGGUAUUUUUACUAAAAAAUCUGGAAAAAUAUUUUCACCGAACUAUCCUGCAGAGUAUCCAAAGAAUGUGAAAUGCAACUUUACAAUUUUAUCACCGGGAGAAAGUAUAGAACUGACUUUUAAAUCAUUCGAUCUAGAAGGUUCCAAAUGCCAGUAUGACAAUCUAACAAUAUAUGACAAGAUAGGUACAUUUGAUGACCAAUCGAAACAUGUCAUUGGAACCUAUUGUGGAAAUCAUGCACCAAACACAUUUACGUUUGUGAACAGUGUCAUGAUGAUAUUUAUGUCGGACCAUUCUGUAGGAAAAAAGGGAUUCGAAAUAAAUUACGAAUUUCAAGGAUGUGGAAGUGAAAUUACUACUCCGGGAACAAUUAAAUCCCCAAUUGGUUUUGAUAAAUUGUAUGGUAUUUUUGGAUACCCACGUAAUUCAAAUUGCACAUGGGUUAUUCGAGCUCCUCCAGAACAAGUUGUACAGCUUGUUUUUACUAAAUUUCGCCUAGAACCAGACUAUGAUGACGAAGCUCCAGAAGAAGAAAGAUGCCCAGACGAUUAUGUCAAUGUGUUUGACGAGUCUGAUUUAAAGACUAACAAUUAUCGAGGCCUAGGGAAAUUUUGUGGAAUUUUAGAUGAGAGUCUACCAGAAAUUAAGUCUAAAACAAAUGUUAUGUAUGUUAAUUUUGUUACUGAUGCUUCAAUAAAUGACGAAGGUUUUGUCGCCGAAAUUUCAUUUACUUAUGGUGAAGCUAAAGGUUGUGGAGGAACUAUCAGGUUGAACCAAUCAAAUAUUAUACCAGAAUAUACACUAAAAGUACCAAAGAUAUCAGCAAAAACGUAUUUGAAUUGUGGAUGGUUAAUACUAUUGGAGCAGUCAUACGUCGCACAGAUGAAAUUGGUCACUUACACAGAAACUCCAAAAUGCUCUUUAAAUACAACAGACUGUAGAUGCAGUUCUUUGCAGUUUUUCGAUGGUCCUGGACCUAAGGCAUUAAAAAUCCGUCAAUAUUGUUCCGGAAAUGUCGAUUACGCUCCAUUAUUAUCGUCUGGAAAUGAAGCUUAUAUAAGAUACACAUAUGUCGAUACGGACGUAGACGUAAAUUUUGAGAUAAAGAUAACACCAGUGACAUCGGUUUGUGGUCCAACUUCACUGAUGGUAACUAAUACAACGCAAGUUUUGACGUCACCAAACUAUCCAUCUGCAUACGGAAAUAAUUUGAUCUGCAAUUGGUUUUUACAACCGGAACCACCCAAUACAGUUAUUUCGUUACGAUUCACUGAUUUGGAUUUGGAAAAUACCACCGACUGUUCGUCUGAUUAUUUAGAAAUGUAUUAUUUACAGUGGGCGGAUAUCUCAUAUUUCAAUACUAUACGAAUGUGUCACGAAAAUCAUACAUUUGAUUUUGUGGAUAAAAUAACGAAAGGUGUUAAGUUGAAGCUACAUACAGACGACAGAAAAACAUCAAAAGGUUUCAGACUAGAGUACAAAAGUUCAAGUUGCCAAAAUACAUAUGACAAACCCAAUGGACGUAUACUUUUUAGUGAUGAUGACACGGCGAGGGAAGAGGAGUGUGUAUUCACGAUAAACGCAGGACAUUCAAAUUUAACUAUUUCUCUUUAUAUUUCAUCUUUUUAUUUUUGGGGUCCGACUCUAUCUAAUUACCUCAAGGUGUACCUCGGACCGAAUGUUUUAUCGCCAUUGGUAACCACAUUGGACAGUAUGAGUGUGAUUCCUGAUCCUAUAUUUUCGAAUGGUUCGACAUUAACGAUGGCGUAUAAAGCGUAUCCUCGCAGAGGGUUAUUGGACAUGAGUUACACUUCCACGGACCAAGGUAGAGGUUGCGGUGGUAAAAUGUUUAAUGUCAAAGGUACGGUGACAAGCCCAAUGUAUCCUAACUUAUACAGAGUGAGCUCCACGUGCCGGUGGGAUAUUGCGGUGCCCAGACCGAAUUCAGUCAAGAUUUCAUUUAAAGUAUUUAAACUCGGUACAAGAGCGACAUGUGACACCGAUUAUUUAGAAAUGCACAACGUCGACCAGAUCACGGGAGUGUCGUCAUUUGUCGCUAAAUACUGUGGAGGAGAUACUCCGGCGGCGCACACCAGCCUAACGGGAGCAGUUUUCAUUCGUUACGUGACAACCGUUCACAACACCGGCACUGGUUGGGUGUUAAAUUUUGAUUUAAAUCAUAAUACUCCUUAA